AUGCUCAACUCAACCACCACGGAGCCUCCAGCGGAAGUCUGCACCAAGAACACCCUCAUCACCCAGCACAUCAUCCCGGUGCUGUACUGCCUGGUCUUCGUGGCGGGGAUCCUCCUCAACGGCGUGUCCGCAUGGGUGUUCUUCUACGUGCCCAGCUCCAAGAGUUUCAUCAUCUAUCUCAAGAACAUCGUCGUGGCCGACUUUCUGAUGGGUCUGACUUUCCCCUUCAAGAUCCUUGCCGACUCGGGCCUGGGGCCCUGGCAGCUGACGGUGUUCGUGUGCAGGGUCUCCGCGGUGCUCUUCUACGUGAACAUGUAUGUGAGCAUCGUGUUCUUCGGGCUCAUCAGCUUUGACCGGUAUUUCAAGAUCGUGAAGCCCCUUUCCACGUCCUUCAUCCAGUCUGUGAACUACAGCAAACUCGUCUCGCUGGUGGUCUGGCUGCUCAUGCUCCUCCUCGCGGUUCCCAAUGUCAUCCUCACCAACCAGAAAGUUAGGGACGUGACGCAGAUAAAAUGCAUGGAACUUAAAAACGAACUGGGCCGCCAGUGGCACAAGGCGUCCAACUACAUCUUUGUGGGCAUUUUCUGGCUUGUGUUCCUUUUGUUAAUCAUUUUCUACACUGCUAUCACCAGGAAAAUCUUUAAGUCCCACCUGAAAUCCAGAAAGAAUUCCAUCUCGGUCAAAAAGAAAUCUAGCCGCAACAUCUUCAGCAUCGUGUUUGUCUUCUUUGUCUGUUUCGUACCUUACCACAUCACCAGAAUCUCCUACACCAAGAGUCAGACGGAAACUCAUUACAGCUGCCAGUCGAAAGAGACCCUGCUCUACGUGAAAGAAUUCACUCUGCUCCUGUCUGCCGCAAAUGUGUGCCUGGACCCCAUUAUUUAUUUCUUUCUAUGCCAGCCAUUUAGAGAAAUCUUAUGUAAGAAACUGCACAUCUCAUUCAAUGUUCAGAGUGACCUAGACACCUCCAAAACCAAGAGGGGAACCGCAGUACAGGAAAGCACAGACACUUUGUGACUCCCACCUACAAAGUCCAUGUAUGCACGCUGUCAUCUGCAGUUAUGCAAGAGGAAUAAAAAAGGAAACACGCCCAAAAUAACGGCAUCUCCAGCAUUAGCAUCCAAUUUCCUACAAUAAUAAGAUCCCAAUGUAAGUUUCCACACUUGUUUGUAACAUCAGCAGGUUUCGUUCCUUCGACUGCCCUCUCUUUUUCCCAAUCAGUAAAAAGCAAAAAA